AUGCGAAAAACAUAUGAAUCGGCGAGCAGGCUGAAUAAGAAGAUGAAAUCUUAUAGAAGAAGGGUUUUAGACCCAGGAACAAAAUUGGACGUAAUCAAGGACGAUGAUAACCUUGAGAACAUUGAUGAUUAUUGGAAGACUGCAGAAUCUGUGCUUAGGGAUGAUACUACAAUCGAGAUAGAGGAGAGUUCAAUAUAUAAAAGCGAUACUGUGGAAGAGAGAAACGAAAAUGAUGAGCCAAAUACUCAGAGUGAUACCUUAUUUGACAUAAAGGUUAUUAGGGAGAGCUUGUCUGCCAAAUCCAAGGAAGUUCAGAUUCCUUCCUGCAGAGAGUCAUUAGAAACCAACAGCAUUCUUGAGAACGAGGGCCCUCCAAGUUCGUUUGAAAGCAUCGAGGGCGAAAAUGAAAACUGUAAUGAGAAUGUAAUGGGUGGAAAUGGUUUUAGUGAUGGGAUUGGUACUUCAGACUUCAGAAUAGAAGAGAAAUAUAAUACAGUCAGCAACGAUAGCAGAGUUCUAUCAAGGGGAGUUCUGGAGGGCAAAGGAAUAAGUCCUGCAAAGGAGAUGAGAGAUAGAUAUAGAAAAAGACUACAAAGCCUUGGAAAGGAGUCUGAAAGACCUGUAGCAAGAAAAAGUAUGAUCCAGUCUAAAGAAAUAUAUGAGUAUAAAGGAGAAACCAUUUACAAUUCGGAUGGAAAAGAAGUUGCCGUGACAAACAUAUCCGGGCUAUAUAGGGGAAGAAGCGCUUUUGAGCCUCUUGUGACAUCAAGCAUGCUUGAAACAGCGAUUCUGUUUCUCAACAAUCUGGCAUUCAUAAAACCUGAAAAGGCUGUCUGUAAUUUUUCAAUCUUCAUGAUCAAGGGAACUGCAUGCAUAGAAAUGGGCCAAGAUAAAAUAAUUCUGAAGAGAGGAAGCAUUUGUGUCAUUGAAAAAGAGACCGUAUAUUCUAUUAGCAACUCUUUCGGCACAGGAUGUACCAUAUUGCUAACUUAUUCCAUCAUCUGA